AUGGCUCGUGCCUUGGUUCUCAGCCCAUUCAGCUCCACCUUCACCGCCCUCCAGAAAACCCUCUUCAUCGCAAUUUCCAUCACCGCCAUCCCAAUGAUCUAUACACUUCCCCCAAUAAUAUCCCUAUUUCCUUCUCAAAAAUCAUCGGAUAUUUUUCAAAAUUCCACAGAUUUCGUCCCGAUUGCUCAUCUUAGCGCCACUUUAUCCUCCCAAAUUCUUCUCACAUUUUCCUCCGCGCUUUUCGUGAUUUCCUUGGAAAUUUUCGUGAUUAUUUUCUGCGCAUUCUACGUGUUGACACGUGUAAAUCAAGCCACGUUCAGCGCAAAAACGCGAAAAAUUCAAAAACAAUUAUUCAUCUACCUCCUCCUUCAAACAAUCAUCUGUUUUUCGUGCGGUGGAGCGCAAGUGUUGAUUUUCGUUGGCGGCGCGAUUUUGAAUCUCAAUUUGAACCCGAAAAUUGGCAUGUUAUCGACGGGUUUGCUGGCAUGGUUUCCGGUUUGUGAUUCGAUUAUUAUGCUGAGUUUUGUGUCGAUUUAUCGGAAAACUUUGUGGAGGAUUUGGUUGAAAGUCAGUUCGGAUAACUCCAAUAUUAAUGUUCUGCAGAAUUCCGUUUUUACAUCAGUGAAAUGA